AAAGGAGGAAGGAACUGGAAACCUUGGAGGAAAAGAUAGGAGCUGACCCCAUCCUUCCACUAAAAUAGCCCUGUCCUCUCUUCAGUUCCCUUCGUGUGGGAGAAGGUGAUGGAACAGCUACCUGCCUUAUCUGACCUCCAAAAAAUCAAGCCAAAGGGCUGGAUGUGGGAGAGAGCUGCUACUUUUGACACCUGCUGGGGUGGUGUGGGCCAGCCACUCCUGCCAGGGUAGGUGUGAGAAGACAUACAUCUUUAAUAGGAAAGGGCAGAGGGCAAACAUGCUGGACUCGAGGAUCCUGUGGUUUGAAUUUUGUCUGCUGUUAUCACUUAGCUAGAUGACCUUGGGCAAGUUACUUAACCUGAACACCCAGUUCCUCAUCUUUAACAUGGAAGCAAUUACGCCUACCUUUCCAGAUGGUUUAGAGGCUUACAGACAAGCGUUUGGAACACGAUAGGUAAUCGUAAAUGGGUCUUAAUUAUGUGACCCAAGCCCCUCACUUUGAGACCAAACGGCUAACGGACAGGUUAGAAUCUGCAACCUCCUGAUCUUAGAGCGCAGAGGGAGCUCCCGCGGCCUCCUCCCCCCAGGAGGUGGGGACAAGGUGGAGGAAGGGCUGCAGGAGGAGGAGCUGGCGCGUCGCGACCCGCCCCGUCCCCCGUCCAGUCUGGCCUGGGCGCCGGAGGAACUGCCGCCCUCGCCGCUGCCACCAACAGCCUGUCCUCGGUGCCCCGUGCCCUGUCCCCAUCUAGUCAUGACCCUGCGCCCCUCAUUUCUACCCCUCCGGCUGCUGCUGCUGCUGCUCAGUGGGGCGAUGUGCCGGGCUGAGGCUGGGUUCGAAACCGAAAGUCCCGUCCGGACCCUGCAAGUGGAGACCCUGGUGGAGCCGCCUGAACCGUGUGCUGAGCCGGCUGCCUUUGGAGACACGCUGCACAUACACUACUCGGGCAGCUUGGUAGAUGGCCGCAUCUUUGACACUUCUCUGAGCAGAGACCCUCUGGUUAUAGAACUUGGUCAAAAGCAGGUGAUACCAGGUCUGGAGCAGAGCCUUCUAGACAUGUGUGUGGGAGAGAAGCGAAGGGUAAUCAUCCCUUCUCACCUGGCCUAUGGCAAACGGGGAUUCCCGCCAUCUAUCCCAGCGGAUGCAGAGCUGCAUUUUGACGUGGAGCUGAUUGCACUCAUCCGAGCCAACUACUGGCAAAAGCUGGUGAAGGGCAUUUUGCCUCUGGUAGGCAUGGCCAUGGUGCCAGCCCUCUUGGGCCUCAUUGGGUAUCACCUAUACAAAAAGGCCAGCAGACCUAAAGUCUCCAAAAAGAAGCUCAAGGAAGAGAAACGAAACAAGAGCAAAAAGAAAUAAUAAAUAAUAGUAAUUUUUAAAAA